UUCCUGUUUCUUUUCUUGCUGUUCUUCUCGUUCCUCUGCUUCUUCGUCUUCGUGUUUCUUCCUCCUUUUUAGUUCACAUCACCAUCACGCAUACCGCCACAAAUCCAUAGAACCGAGCCGCCUGAUCUGACAACCACCAACUCUUCUCCUCCUUUAAAUAUGGUGUCUCUAAGAAGUUCUCCAAAGAAGAACCUCUGCUUUGAUCCCCUCGUUUCUUUAUUGAUCGAUGGAGUCUUUGCCUAAUCCCCCGGUCCCUCAGAAGAUCGGAGCGGAUUCGAACGGGAGUGCUGCGAACUCGAACCGUUUGUUUGAUCUCCGGAGCUCGCUUUCCUCCGUGAAGCUGCCGGUGAGGAACGGAGCUGAAGUGAAGCUGCGGCUGGGAAAGAAGAUGGGAUCGGAGGCGAGAUUGUGUCCGAAGAUUGAGUACGGGGAUGGGGGUUAUGUUCUUGAGGAUGUCCCCCACCUCACCGACUACUUGCCUGAUUUGCCGACCUAUCCGAAUCCACUGCAAGAUAAUACAGCAUACUCGGUUGUCAAGCAAUAUUUUGUGAAUUUAGAUGAUACGGUCGCCCAGAAGAUUGUGGUCCACAAGAACAGCCCGAGAGAGACACAUUUCCGCCGCGCUGGACCUCGCCAAAAAGUGUACUUUGAGUCGGAUGAGGUGCAUGCGUGCAUUGUGACAUGCGGAGGCUUGUGCCCAGGGCUCAACACUGUGAUAAGAGAAAUAGUAUGUGGCUUGUCUGACAUGUAUGGCGUCACCAAAAUCCUUGGCAUAGAGGGUGGAUACAGGGGCUUCUAUGCUCGCAACACCAUCAGCUUGACUACCAAGAGUGUCAAUGACAUUCACAAAAGAGGGGGCACAAUCCUUGGCACAUCAAGAGGUGGUCAUGAUACUAUAAAGAUAGUGGACAGUAUCCAAGAUCGUGGCAUCAAUCAGGUCUAUAUAAUCGGAGGUGAUGGAACUCAAAAGGGAGCCUCUGCAAUAUUUGAGGAAAUUCAAAGACGUGGCCUCAAAGUUGCUAUUGCUGGUAUUCCAAAGACUAUAGAUAAUGACAUAGCGGUCAUCGACAAGUCCUUUGGUUUUGAUACUGCUGUAGAAGAGGCACAAAGAGCGAUCAAUGCAGCACAUGUAGAAGCUGAUAGUGUCGAAAAUGGUAUUGGCGUUGUGAAGCUAAUGGGUCGCUAUAGUGGGUUUAUUGCAAUGUAUGCUACUCUUGCAAGCCGAGAUGUGGAUUGUUGCUUAAUUCCUGAGUCACCCUUCUACUUGGAAGGGAAAGGUGGACUCUUGGAAUUCAUCGAGAAACGCCUUAAAGAAAAUGGCCACAUGGUCAUUGUUGUUGCUGAGGGUGCAGGACAAGAUCUUCUUGUGAAAAGUAUGCAAUCCAUGGACCAUGAAGAUGCCUCUGGAAAUAAGCUUCUGCUAGAUGUUGGACUUUGGCUGUCACAGAAGAUAAAGGAUCACUUCUCAAGCAAUAAGAAGAAGAUGUCGAUAAAUCUUAAAUAUAUCGAUCCGACUUACAUGAUUCGUGCGGUUCCAAGUAAUGCAUCCGACAACGUCUACUGCACAUUGCUGGCACAUAGUGCCAUUCAUGGUGCUAUGGCAGGGUAUACUGGUUUCACCAUUGGGCCUGUCAAUGGCAGGCAUGCUUACAUACCAUUUUGUAGAGUAACGGAAACAUGCAAGAAGGUUGUGAUAACAGAUAGGAUGUGGGCGAGGCUGCUUUCUUCAACCAAUCAACCUAGCUUUCUUAGUCACGAACAUAUCGAGAAGGAAGAUGAACCAUCAACAGAGUCAUUGCCGAAUGAUCAUGAUGUACGGAUCAGUGAUGGCAGCAUCUGAGAUAUGAUGAGUAUAGAGGCAUUGCAUAAGAAUUGGCUACUAGAUCUUUAUAAGUACUAGCAAGCAUGUGGAUAAUUUAAAUGUAUUUUCCAGUUACAGGGAGACCAUACCAUACCCUAUGUGAUAGAUUGGAGAGUAUUUGUAUCAGUACAAAGAUUCUAUAAUUCUGUAUCUGUAAGUAUUACCAAUUUUGUA